AUGAGCAGCAGCGCAAGCGGCAGCGCGAACGCGAACGCACCGGCGCUCGACAUCAACGAAUUCCUCGAUAUUGCUGAAUUCAACCGUGGCCUCGCCACAAUCUUCAACAUGGACCUCUUCAACACCCCAGUCAACGAGACUUCCGAUGAGAUCCACUAUAAUACCUACGUUCUCGCCCGCAUCGUUGAUUAUAAAGUCUCCUCAACAUGUCAAGGUCUCGAGCUGCUUGGAUCAUUCAAGAAGACUUUGAGGAUUGGGAGGAAGACGACUUCAAGAAGGUCGAUCAAGGAUCACGGCAUUCUAGUAAAUCUGAAGAACCGUGACCGACUUCCUGAGUGGGAUGAAGACGAUCUUCGUGAUGCCAUCUUAUACGAAAACGGCCUACCGACGCCAACAAGAACUCCUCAGACGUUCGCCAUCGCUAUAACAACCCCAGCACCAACCCCAGCACCAGUCACUCCCGAUCUAAACCUCCCGCAAGACCCCCCCAAUGACCAAUCCCUACCCCUGUCACGAUCGAAUCAACAGCAGCAGGAACUUAUGAUCAGACCAGCUAUCGACCGCGAAGCUUACCGGACCGUGCCCCCAGUCCAGGUCCCCAAUGAAGACCUCGAUCCUGCCAUCGCCAACCAGUUUUCUAAGCUAUGGGAUCGAAAGCUCAACUAUUCAGGUGACGCCUACGAUAUCCUAGAUGAUAAGAUCCGUUACUUUCUCGAUGCCUGCCUCACAGCAGCAUCAAACCGUCACAAUUCCACGCUUUGUUCUCAAAUAUCCUCACGAAGAGCAAAGAACUUCUUCGUGCAUCAAGUCAGCCGCGAUUCAACGUUCGCGGAGAUGUAUCAGAAGAUGAAGCAGCACUGA